AUGUGUCUUCUCUUUUUGCCACCGGAAAUUACGUUGCUCGUCGCAAGUCAUUUGGCUUCGCUAAAAGAUAUUCUCGGUCUCCUACGAGCCAGCCGAAAGCUUUACAAUAUCCUUAUCGAUGAACUAUAUCAAAGAAAUGUUCGCUCAGAUGGUGGAUCAGCACUUUUGUGGUAUACAAGUCGUGGGGACGAAGCUGGAGUUCGGAAUAUGCUGCGAGCGGGGGCCGAUGUUAAUCUUCGACCGCCAAAUCGGACACAGUCGACGGCCCUCCUGCAAGCGGUUGCCACCAAGCAUACCCGCGUUAUGUAG